AUAGUUGUCAAGUUAUUACGUACGUUAAGAUAAGAUUGGUGUUUCAUUAAUGUUAUUUUCAUAAAACACUCUUCUCUUAUUAGAGAAGUACAUACUGAAUAAUUCAUUUGAAAAUUUUUAUUCAAUUUUCCGGAAAAACUUAUUGUUUUUUUAUUCAACAAUUAGAAAAUACAAUAAAAUUAUGUUUGCUGUAUUAAGCAAUAAUCAAAAUAUUUACAUUUACUCAAUGAACCACGUAUGAAUAACUUUGUGAUUUAAUUCUAUCUCAGUUUGCAUAAAAAUGUUACAAAAAUCAAAUGGAUUAUUCACCUCUAAAUUAAGUUUGAUGGUAUUUAUAUUAUAUAUUUUGUUGUUUGUGAAUCAGGGAAUUUUGGUCACAGCCUCCCAAAAUUUGAACAACACUUACGAGUACAAUACUGUUACAGCCGUUCUUUUUACAGAGGUAUUGAAGCUUAUCAUAUCCAGUUGUCUUUAUCUUAAAAGCCAUUCCUUAAUUGAUUAUGGUUUGGAAAUUUUGAAAUAUAAGGGAAUAUUACUGCUGUACUUUGUUCCAGCAUUUCUAUAUUGUUUGUACAAUAAUUUAUCCUUUACUAAUCUCUCGUCAUUUGAUCCUACAACCUAUUAUUUACUGUUGCAACUGAGAGUUGUUAUUACUGGAAUAUUGUUUCAGAUCAUUUUCUCAAAGACUCUGACAAAAAUGCAAUGGAUAUCACUUAUUAUCCUUACAUGUGGAUGCAUGUUGAAACAAAUCAAUUUCAAUGAGGCAAAGGAAACCAGUGUAUCAGAUAAAUUUACUUCAAUUGGAAUGGGCAUCAAUACGAUAUAUUUAUUUGUUCAAAUUUUGUGCUCAUGCCUUGCUGGGGUGUACAAUGAAUAUUUAUUGAAAAAACAAGGUGCUAAUGUAGAUAUUUAUAUCCAAAAUGUGUUUAUGUAUUUAGAUUCUAUUGUUUGCAAUUUAUUUAUAUUAUUACUAUUCGGAAACAUAACUGGUGCUUUUGAUUUUACAAGUAUGGGACAGAUUUUUCAUUUUAAGGUUUUAAUUGUGAUUCUCAAUAAUGCCUGCAUAGGAAUAGUGACUAGUUUCUUCUUGAAAACAAUGAAUUCCAUAUUGAAAACAUUUGCUAGUGCUUUAGAGUUAAUACUCACAGCAAUUUCAAGUUGGAUUCUUUUUGGUAUUCCAAUAUACUUGAACACUUUUCUUUCUAUAUGCACAGUAUUAUUUGCUGUAUAUUUGUAUUCAAAGAAUCCUGUAUCUAACAUUCCAAAGCCUAGUCAAGAAGAUAAUGUAGUUAAAGAACCUCUGUUGACAGAAGAGGUUUGAUUACUUGGUACUUAACGUUGAAGAUUUGUCCCAGACAACAAUUUAUUAUAAAUAUUCUAUUUUUAUUUCUCAGGGAAAGAAGUAUUUAAGCUACAUUCAUUAUUUACAUCAAUAUUUCAACAUGUCUAGUAUGUUAAAUGGAUAAACUGAAAUUAUAUUAAAUUGAAGGAAAGUUCAAUGAGAGAGUGCCUUAAAAUAUUUGAAAAUGCUAAUGAUGAGAAUGUGAUAUACCUGAGAAACCAAAGAUGUUGAAAGUCUAAACUAUAUGAGAUUUGAGAGAUGAUUCCAAAUUUUGAGAUUAAAUUGAAAAUUGAUAUUCAAAUAUUGAUCAAUUUUUCUUUUGUUACAUUUUAUAUAAUUGCAAUUAAUUUACAGUGAAGAAUAUUUGUACGGAGAAUAUGAACCUCACAAUUGGUUCGAAUAUUAUAAUAAAAGGUUAUUGUGCUUGUUCAAAUUAUUUUUUGAUUAUUAUUGUUGUAGAGUUCAAAAAAUAGAUAAAAUGAUCAAAUUACAUUGUGAUAUUCUUAUGUGGACACGUUUCUUGCCUACUUUAUAUCUACAUCUACAUUCAUGGUGUUAACAGUAUAUAAAAUAGAAAGAUAAAUAAAAAAUUAAAGAAAG